AUGAUUCGAAGUGUUAUCUUCUGCUUUGCCCUUGUUAUUCUGUUCAGCGUGAUAGUUCACGUCAAACCUCAAGUAUGUUACGGAAUGAAUCAGUACGAUCGAUGCUCUAAAAAUACAGCAUGCGGUUGUCUUCCUAUAAUCAAUACUAAUCAAACUGCUAUUUGCGGUAUAUUGGAAGUGAAUUGUUCUCAAUUCAUACCAUGUAAAUCUUUGACUAACGAGUGUGAUCUACUCGGUGCUGUUUGCGUUCAGCAUCCUGGAUGUAACGAUCUUCCUGUCUGUUAUCCGUUGUCAAUGGGUGAUGAACGAUCGUGUCCAAUAACAAGAAAUUGGAUUAACACUGGUAGUAUGAAAUAUAGUCGAUAUAUGCAUCAAGCUAUUGCUCUAGUAGAUGGAAAAGUCUUAGUCAUGGGUGGUAUUGGUGAUAAAGCCAUCGCUCAUAAAACUGCUGAGUUAUAUGACGGAUCCGUUGGAAUUUGGACAGCUACGGGUAAUAUGACUUAUGCGCGUUUCGGUCAUACAGCAUCUGCAUUAAAAAAUGGCAAAAUAUUAGUUACGGGCGGUAAUGGAAAUGGUAAGUAUUUAAAUACUGCUGAAUUGUACGAUCCAUCAACAAGAACUUGGACAACAACUGGUAAUAUGAGUUGUACACGGUUUGGUCAUAGAGCAUCUGUAUUGGCAAAUGGAAAAGUACUCGUUACUGGUGGAGACGGUCGUACUCAGUAUCUAAACACUGCUGAACUAUAUGAUCCAUCAACAGAAACUUGGACACUCACUGAUAGCAUGAAAUCAGCACGUUAUCGUCAUACAGCAACUGUCUUAACAAAUGGAAAAGUGCUCGUCACUGGCGGAUAUGCUGAUGUCUAUAUGAAUACUACUGAACUAUAUGAUCCAACGACGGAAACAUGGACUACGGUUGCAGCAAUGAAUAAAGCAAUUUCACUUCAUACAGCAUCUUUAUUAUCUAAUGGCAAAGUAUUGAUUACUGGUGGAGUCACUCCUGUAGCUGAUACUCUCAAAAAUGCACUUUUGUUUGAUCCAACAACAGAAAGUUGGACAUCGACUAGCAACAUGAAUCAUGAACGGCAUACCCAUACAGCAUCUGUAUUACCAACUGGAGAAGUCUUAGUAACUGGUGGCUUUUAUACUACUAAUACGAUUGGUUAUAGUAGUACUGUUUUGAAUAGCGCUGAAUUGUAUAAUCCGACGACAGAAACUUGGACAAGUGUAAGUAAUAUGACCACUGCACGAGGAAUGCACACAGCGUUUGUAUUAGUCAAUAGAAAAGUAUUAAUUGCUGGUGGAAGUAACAACGAAUCAAUAAACAGCGCAGAAAUAUAUUAA